AUGGAUCGCUUAGGUUCCUCUCUCCCACAAACCGUAUCACCCAUCUCUCUCCUCUUCCUGCCUCUUCUCCUAUUCAUCAUCACCACCACCAAGAUCACAACAGCCUUUAACCUCUCAACCAUCACCUUCGAACAAGGCUAUUCCCCUCUCUUUAGCGACUUCAAUAUCAAGCGAUCCCCUGAUGACAAGAACGUCCGUCUCCUCCUCAACCGCUUCUCCGGCUCUGGUUUUAUUUCUUCUAGUUAUUACCACUAUGGCUUCUUCAGCGCAAAAAUAAAGUUGCCAUCGGAUAACACUGCUGGUAUCGUUGUUGCAUUUUAUACAUCGAAUGUUGAUAUAUUUGAGAAGAACCACGAUGAACUCGACAUCGAGUUCUUAGGUAACAUUAAAGGGAAGCCAUGGAGGUUCCAGACCAACAUGUAUGGCAAUGGAAGCUUAUCCCAUGGGAGGGAAGAGAGAUAUCGACUGUGGUUUGACCCGAGCAAGGAGUUUCAUCGGUACAGCAUUCUUUGGACCCCCAACAACAUCGUAUUUUAUGUUGAUGAUGUUCCUAUAAGAGAGGUGGCGCGUAGCCAAGCAAUGGGCGGCGAUUACCCCUCAAAGCCAAUGUCCCUCUACGCCACCAUAUGGGACGCCUCCACCUGGGCCACCAACGGCGGCAAAGACAAAGUAGACUACAAGUUCGAACCAUUCGCAUCGGAGUUCGGAGACCUCGUCCUCGAAGGUUGUGCGGUUGAUCCAAUUGAGCAAGUUCCCUCCACCAACUGCACCGAUAGGACGGCCAAACUGGUGGCGGCAGAGUACGCCGCCAUCACACCAGAGCAACGCAAGGCCAUGCGGUGGUUCCGGGAAAAGUACAUGUAUUAUUCUCACUGCUACGAUAGCCUAAGGUAUGCGGUGCCACUGCCGGAGUGUGUAGUAAUCCCAUCGGAGCAAGAGCUGUUCAAGGACUCCGGGAGACUCAAAGCAGCUCAGAAAAUCAAAUUUGGUGGCAGCCACCACAAGCAUCGCCGCAGUGGAAGCUCAAGGCGGAAGAGCCGCGCCAAAGUUGCUUCGGGUUCUAACCAGCAGGCUGCUGUGUGA